ACGUCGGGUUUCGCCACGAAUCGAACACGCAGUAACUUUCAGUCCAGCAGGUGAGAGAGAUGUGGGGCAGAGAAGCGUCCUCAGGGCGGGUUAGCGCCACACCCACAAGCUCUGGUCGCCCCCGCGCGCUCCGCCCCGGGGCCAGGAGUGGAGCCGGGUACCUUUCGCCUCAGAGGACUCCCGGCUGUCGGGUCCACGGAUCUCACGCUACCAGACGCCUCCCGGGCGGCUCAGCGCCGACCGCUCCUGACGCCAAGGAACGCCAGAUCCCAUCGGGACUCUGGACCUGACACCACGACUUUAGACGCACCCGAGACUUAGGUCUCCGGCUUCUCCGCUCCGGUCCGAAAUGACGGCGACGCUGAGCCUAGAGCCCGCGGGCCGCUGCUGCUGGGACGAGCCGGUGCGCAUCGCCGUGCACGGCCUGGCCCCCGAGCAGCCGGUCACGCUGCGCGCGUCCCUGCGCGACGAGAGGGGCGCGCUCUUCCGGGCCCACGCGCGACCUGGACCCUUCCCAGGGAUCAUUGACAUCUUUGGUCUUGGAGGGGGCCUGUUGGAAUAUCGAGCCAGCCUUCUGGCUGGCCAUGGUUUUGCCACAUUGGCUUUAGCUUAUUAUGACUUUGAAGAUCUCCCCAAGCAAAUGGAUGGCAUACACUUGGAGUACUUUGAAGAAGCCUUGUGCUACAUGCUUCAGCACCCUCAGGUAAAGGGCCCAGGUAUUGGGCUUUUGGGCAUUUCUCUGGGGGCUGAUAUUUGUCUCUCAAUGGCCUCAUUCUUGAACAAUGUCUCAGCCACAGUUUCCAUCAAUGGAUCUGCAUCCGGUGGAAAGAGAGGCAUACACUAUAAGCAGACCACUAUCCCUCCAUUGGGCUAUGACCUGAGGAGAACCAAAGUAACUUUUUCAGGCCUCCUGGACAUUGUGGACAUAGGAAAUGAAAUGGCUGGGGGGUAUGAGAACCCCAGCAUGAUUCCAAUAGAGAAAGCCCAGGGGCCCAUCCUCUUCAUUGUUGGUCAGGAUGACCACAACUGGAGGAGUGAGUUAUAUGCUCAUAUGGCUUCUGAACGGUUACAGGCCCAUGGAAAGGAGAAACCCAAGAUCAUCUGUUACCCUGGGACUGGGCAUUACAUUGAGCCUCCUUACUUCCCCAUGUGCCCAGCUUCCUUUCAUACGUUAUUGAACAAACCUGUGGUCUGGGGUGGAGAGCCUAGGCUCCAUUCUAGGGCCCAGGUAGAUGCUUGGAAUCAAAUUCUAUCCUUCUUCUACAGACAUCUGGGAGGUACCCAGAAGCGAGCUUUCUCCAAAUUGUAAUGCAUUGUUGUUAACCUGAGAGAUUCAAGGUUAGUUUCUAAUCUUCAGUGACCCCGUGUGAAUCAGACGCAUCAUGGAUAACAUUCAAUUCCCAUCUUUACCAUUUAUGGUGUAUUUUAGGUAACUUGAUUGAAUAAGUUUUACCAUUAAUUUUACUAAUGUAAAACAUACUUGAAGUUUCAGCUAUGUA